UUUUGCCGCCGCAAUAUAGCGCUUGCCGGCACCAUUUCCUCUCAUUAGCCAAGUGGGCAUGGCCGCGCUUUGGCUCGGAGCAGCAUAAUGAACGGGGACGGCAUCUUGUCAGCAUCCGAAGAAACAAGAAGGAAGAUGAGGAGGCUGCAUCUAUGAGGGCCCUUUGCAAUCUCGCCUCACACCCGGGAUCAAUCAAGGACGUAGCCCCCUCCGACUGCGAGGAACAUAAUUGCUUUUCUCCACAUUGACCUCGCGACGAGAACCGGAUCUGAGCGUCCUUCCGGGGGGGUGAGUGAUGAACUUUGGCAGGGAGGUGGCCAGGCAGACGAGUUGUUAUACGUACGUGAUAGAUGAGGAUCCAGCCCUGGCGCAUGUAAAUAUAUUCGAGUUGGCCGAGAAGGGUGACCGGGCCCUGCUGCAGAGCCUGGUGAGAAAAAAUCCAGAGGUCCUAAGUGAGAAAGAUGAAAAGGGCGCCGGCCCCAUUCAUCACGCUGCCGCGGGAGGUCACAUCGCCAUCAUCCAGUUCAUCAGCGGCGUCCUGGGCCCGGAAGUUCUGAAUAGCUGCGAUGAGUGCGGUGAUGUGCCCCUCCACUGGGCCGUGGAUAAGAACCAGGCGGAGAGCUGCCGGGUUCUGAUGGACUUGCGGGCCGACCCCAAUGUCCUCAACGCGGCGCUGCUGUCGCCCUUGCACUUGGCCAUCAGUCUGGAACACAACGGGCUGGUGGAGCUGCUGCUCUCCUACGGCAGGGUGGACUACAACCAGCCGGGGGACCUCGGUAACACCCCCAUCAUGAUGGCCUGCUCGCUCAAUAACUGCCAAGCUCUCAACUUGUUGCUAAAGCACGGAGCGCGCCUGUGCCAGCAGAACAAACUGGGACACUUUGCGGUGCACGCGGCAGCCUUCGCUGGUGCAAAAAAGGUCUUGGAACACGUUCUGAAGGCCGGGGAGGAGCUGGGCUACUUGGGUGCAAACCAUAUUAACUAUCUGGACAAAUCCAAUAGCUCGCCUCUGCAUCUGGCCGUGCGGGGCGGCAAUGUGGAGACUAUUCGAUUCUGUAUCGACAUGGGAGCCAACAUUGAUCAGAAGCAGCAUGACAAGUCGACGCCGCUGCACCUGGCGUGCACACAAGGCGCCACCGAGGUGGUCAAAAUGAUGCUGUGCGCUCACGGCCGAGUGGAGGACAUCAUUAACCUGGCCGAUGGAGCUUGUCAGACGCCGCUGCACAAAGCGACCAUAUUCGACCACGUCGACUUAGCCGGCUACCUCAUAUCCUUGGGUGCGGAUGUCAACGCCGUUGACUGCAAAGGCAACUCACCCUUGCUACUAGCGACCAGUAACGGCGCGUGGAGAACCGUGGCGCUGCUCCUGUCCAAAGGGGCCAAUGUCAACCUAACAGACAGAUUUGGCUGUAACUUUCUUCAUCUGGCCAUCUUGCAACCCAAGGGGCUGAAGAAUGUACCGGAAGAUGUGCUGCAGCGCAGCAGCAUGAAAGCGUUGCUGAGCUGCGAGGACAACGAGGGCUGCACGCCGCUGCACUACGCCUGCCGGCUGGGAAUCCACAACUCGGUGCGCAACAUGUUGGGCCUCUCGGGCCAGCUGGGCCUGGCGUGCAAGUCCAAGGACAAGAAGUCUGCCCUGCACUUUGCUGCUCAGUACGGCCGUAUCAACACAUGUCACCGGCUGCUGGAGACCAUCACGGACUCGCGCUUGCUCAACGAAGGCGAUGAGCGGGGCCUGACGCCGCUUCAUUUGGCGUCCAGAGGGGGGCACACGCAGGUGGUGGGGCUCUUGUUGCGCAAAGGGGCCCUAUUUCACAGUGACUACAAGGGCUGGACGUGUCUCCACCACGCCGCCUCGGAGGGAUACACGCAAACUAUGGACAUCAUAUUAUCCGCCAAUGUGAAACUGCUGGAUAAAACGGAUGAAGACGGGAACACUGCCCUCCACAUCGCGGCGAGGAUGGGCCACGUGGCGGCAGUCAUGGUCAUGGUGAACCGGGGGGCGGAGUUUGCGUUGAACAAGAACGACACCUCGUUCCUACACGAAGCGUUGCAGCACGGGAAGCAGGACGUGGUCAAUGCCGUCAUUGACAGUGAGAGACGUGUGGAAGCGUUGAUAAAGUUUAAAAUCGGGGGAUCCCAGCGUUGCGCCAUCAUGGACAUGAUUGAAUACGUUCCAGAGACUUAUAAGCACCUGUUGGAUUGCAGCGUGAGGGAGUCGGAGGACGAUCACAACAGUCCGGAGUUUCACAUUGAAUACGAUUUCAGGUGGUUGCAAGCGCCACUGGAAAUGCAGAAGACAGGGGACAAGUCCAACCGGCCGCAACCGCUAGCCGCGCUCAACGCAAUGGUGAAGUACAACCAGUUGGGUCUGCUCAACCACCCUGUCAGCAAAAAGUACCUUUCCAUGAAGUGGGUGGCGUACGGGAGCAAGGCGCAUAUUCUCAACAUGUUCAUGUACCUGCUGGGCCUGCUGCCGCUGACGCACCUCAUUGUGACCUUGAGGCCCAGCGUGAACAUCACCGAGACGGGAGAGCGCAAGAUCACCAUGGUGCCUGUCUCUUUCACAGAGCAAAGUCUGUUCCUGUCCUUCUGCAUGGUGAUGGUCCUCGUCAUGAAUAUCUACUCCAUACUGAAGGAAGUCCUUCAGAUGAUACAGCAGCGUUGGGACUACCUAAAAGACUACUCCAACCAAGCCGACUGGUUCUCGGCCGUCAACUCGCUUCUGUUCGUCAUCCCGCUCAUGCUCAACACGUCCGAUUCGUGGUACUGGCAAGCGGGCGCCCUGGCCGUCUCCAGCUCUUGGUUCGGAUUCCUCCUGUAUCUCCAGAGGUUCGAGCACAUCGGCAUCUUUGUGGUGAUGUUUGGCGAGAUCUGCAGGACGCUCUUUCGCACCGUGCUGCUGUUCUUCUAUCUCCUGUUGGCGUUCGCCUUGGCCUUCUAUGUGCUACUGCUUGACCAGAAAGAGUUUGACAACCUGCCGCUAUCCAUGAUGCAAACGUUUGUCAUGAUGGUCGGUGAACUGAAUUACCAGAACAACUUCCUGAGCGCAUAUCUCAACAACGAACUUCCAUUCAGCGGCUUGACGUACUUCACUUUUGUCUCCUUUGUUCUCAUGAUGCCCAUUGUCCUCAUCAACUUACUAAUUGGUUUAGCCGUUGGAGACAUUGCGGAAGUGCAAAGAAAUGCUGCCAUGAAAAGAAUAGCCAUGCAGAUUGAUCUCCACACUGCCUUGGAAGACAAGCUGCCCUACUGGUUCAUCAAACGAGCAGACAAACGGUCCGUCAUCAUCUACCCCAACCGCAAGUGCUCCAAGCACUUCAUCAUGCAGUUAUUUGGAGGCAGCGCGCCGGCCAACGACGAGUGGAAGCGGACUCAGGUGGCGUCGCAAAAAUGCUCCGGGCUGGAGACCGAGGUCAAAAAACAAAAGAGCAGGCUGAAGGAGAUGUCUGGCAUGCUGGAGAAGCAGCACAACCUCCUCAAACUCAUCAUCCAGAAGAUGGAGAUUACUUCUGAGGCGGACGAGUACGACGGCCCCGUCAAUGUUCCGGGCGCCACAUGGAAGCAGGCGUGUCUGCCCAAACGCCCCACCAGCAUGUCCCGCUGGGUUCCGCUUAUUAAGGCCAUAGAGUCCAAGCCCAAAUGAGAUGGACAUUUGUGAACACUAAAGUUGACACACACCCUUUCUGCUACACACACACACUCACCAAAAAUAUACAAAUAUAUUAGUUAUUCGUCAUAGAGGAACAAGAAUAUAUGCCUGCGAGUAUUGUUAUAUUGUCUUGCUCUUGUGUUCCAAUAUCCAUCGCUUUUCAAAUCGUGACUAAUUAAGCUAACCAUUAGCAUGUCAAUGGUGUUUUGCAUUGUUUGUUAGCAUUGAGAAAAGCAGGUUUUCCAAGCAUGAAAUUUUCUUUGUGUUCAAAACUCAACUGGGAGUGUCAUUAAAUAGCUUGACGUCUGUGUGUGCACUGUAGUUUGUAAUGAUUAUAAAACAAUAAAAAGAUUUCCAAAAUUUG